AUGGCCUUCAAGACCGCAUGGACGCUACCAACGCCAACGUCAUCUCGGCACGAAUGGAUCUUCCUCGAGUCGUCUCCCGGAAGUCGCAGUGAGAGCCGCGUGUCGUCGCACGCAAGCGACUUUGGAAGUGGGCUUCGCGCAGGCCCCCCGCCCGAGCUCCAUAGCCCGUCGACCCGGGGGCUGCUGUUGCAGUACGCUUGCAUUGGCCUUGUCACGGGUGCACUGCCACUGCUCCCGACCGCCAUCUUUCAAGACGACUACGACGCGCAUCUUGCCUCCGUGUACUUGGCGCUGUGCACGCUACCGUGGCUCGCGACGCCUCUUCUGGGGCUUCUCGCCGACUGUCUACCCCUCGGCUGCCGUCGACGGCGCGUGUGCAUCGUGCUGGGGUGGGCCCUCUGUGCUGUGUCCUGCCUUGCCAUGGCCAUCACGCCGCUUCGCACUCGGAAUGCCACGUCACUCCAUGUGUUUUGCUUGCUCAUGACGGGGU